AUGUUCGUCCUGGCCGACAUCGAAGACACCAUCCCGCUACACCCCUCAACAUUCUCGCUACCCGCCCUCACAGCGAUUAGCGAUCAGAUCAACGUCAAGUACGCCAACCGCAUCCUUCCCGAUGUCGGCCUCUGCAUCUCCCUCUUCGACGUGCUCUCCUGCUCCGAGGGUAAAGUCCGAUUCGGUGAUGGGUGCCUCUAUCACCGCGUCACGUUCCGCCUGAUCAUCUUUCGGCCGUUCACACAAGAAGUACUUGUGGGCAAGAUCUCAUCCUCGGACGCCUCGGGGAUACGCAUCACGAUGGGGUUCUUCGAAGACAUCUUUGUCCCAGAGCACCUCAUUCCCCGACCCUGUGCGUUUGAUCAUCGCGAACAGGCGUGGUUCUGGCUCUACGAAGCAAGGUCCGAAGAGGUCGCAGCGGAUCCUCUUUUGAGCAGUCAGGAGGAGAGGAUGUACUUGGAUGCAGGCGAAAGGGUCAGGUUUACCGUCGAGGGCGAUGCUUUUUGGGACGCGGAGCCGGGCCCUCCGCCUGCUCAGGGAGAGGGAGCGGUAACGAAGGAGAAGCCGCAUUACAGUAUCACGGGGAGUAUCGCGGGUAGCGGAUUGGGAUUGGUCAGCUGGUGGACUGGUGCGGAGGCCGCCGCGGAAGAGAGCGGAGAGGGACAGGAGGUUGUGGAAGAGACAGCAUAG